AUGUCCACCACCCACGAGCGCGAUAUCGACGGCCUAGCCACCCUCUCCGUCAUCGCCAAAUCAGAACAGUGUCACGUCGAGCUCUCUUUCUGCCUCCCAACCUCACUCGCAUUUGCAAAGCGUCUGACAUGGGAGCAAACCCCCUGGAUUUCCAAUACCCUGAAUCACAAGUCCGUGAAUCCGAUAGGCGAGGCUGAUGCACAUCGCAUCGUCCAAUAUCUGAAUUCACAUUGUCACGAUGUGACGCAGAGAGACGUCCAGUGCGCGCUACUUUUCGGAACUACAUACGCACCCACGCCAGAAGGAGAUAACAUGUCAAGAGACAUGGGCACGUACCCCCAUCUCUUCCUCAUUUUUCCACAUGCUACCAUGGUCCCUUACCUCGACAACCAAUUCCUUAAGAUCUGGCACGACGAUAUCGUAAAACCGGCGUUCGACCGAGCGUGGAGAGACUCUGGUCUUACACUCGUUCAGGGCGCUUCUCUCGACACACCUACCCGCGUGUUACCUCCAACUGGUGUGCAUACGCAACGCGAUGCACAUCCAGCAUCCGGGUUUCUAGAGCGCCUACGUAAUGGAAAGCCAGGUGCAGUACGGGACUAUUGGCCCGCCUGGACAGAUAGCAAGUGGCAUCUUGGCGUUGAGGGAAAGUAUACAAGUACUCGGACCGUCAUCUACCACGAAGCCUGGAGCGCUAUAAAAGGCAUGUUGAAGGAUCAUCCGCAGCUGUCUUCAUACCAGGAACCGAUUUUACUGGCUGUUUCUAGGGCGAAAAUACAUGUUAAUCCGCGGCUGAGCACAGAGAACAAGUUCAAGUACGUGGCGCAGGAGUGGGAUCAGCUUGUAGACUCGCGUUUCGUCAAGCCGGCGUCUUUCCAGGUGGUCUUUGAGACAGCUGUUGGGACUAUGCCAGAGAAUGUUGUGGAGGAUAAGCCAGUAGUGACGACUUUCAUUGCGGAUGAGAAGGGCAAGGAAAUCAAGAGACUGGCGGAUUGCGAGGAAGACCAAGGCGAGAAUGCGCAUCGCAGUAAGCGCGUGAAGAUGUCGGUUAGCGGUGGCUACAUGUCAGACGCAUGA